AUGGGCAACAUUCCUUCCAACACCAACAAUACCUCUUUCUCUCUUUCCGUAAAACAUCCCACUCCAACGGACCUUUCUAAAAUUAAUUCCUCUGGAGUCAUUGCUUCUUCUCAAAGUCUCUCCACACGUUCCUCUCUCUCUGGAGAUGAAUAUAAUUCUUAUUCCGAAUAUGGAGGAUUCAAUUAUCAAAUCGAUGAUGGUCAUGAAGAUUAUGAUUUAAUUGUUGACAUGGAUGAAAUUUCUCCACAACAUUUAACACAAAAAGGAUGGUCCAUUAAAUUAUCGAAAGAAUUGGAAUAUCGAAUUUUGGAUCGAAUUAAACAAUCGAUGAGUGAAGCGGUUGCAAUGGCACAUGAAGAGGAAAAUCAAAAAUUAAUGCAAAGUAUUCAUUCACACAUGAUAAAUGCACAACCAUCAUCCGCUCAAGGAGUGUCAAAUGUCAAUGCCACCACAACACCACAAUCGUUUAUUAAUACUCAAGCCAUUGUCCCUGGAGUUCUUCCAACUCAAAUUUUGAAUGCACCUUCAAGACCACCAAGUCCUAGCUCUGCCUUUGGUGGACUACCCAGCACCAAUAACACUUCUACAGAUCAUUCGAAUGACAACACCUCUUCUGCUGGCGAUUUAACACCUCGUGACAGCAUUGAAGAUCCAUUUGCUUCUGAAUCCUUGUCAUCGAAUCAAAGAAAAUUCUCCAAAAAACGAAACCAUCAUCACUAUAUUAAUUAUUUUGCAGAAAUUGAACACAAAUUUACUCAACAACCAAGUUGUGUGGUGAGUGUGUUGGGUUUCAAAAAUUGUGGAAAAACUCAUGUGUUAAAUGAAUUAAGCGGAAGUGAUUUACGUGUGGGAUUGACACAAAGUACUCCUCCAUUGUGUUUCAAAGUUCCAAGAAAUAAUCAAGGAAGAGAUUGGUUGUUGGUCGAUACGAUGGGAUUGAGAAGUCCAAUACGUAUUUCAGAAAUUAAGAGACAAUUGAAAGAAAUUCAAAAAGACAAUAUGCUACCUCAGGAAGAUAUUGUUGUGACGACGAGUGUGAUCACUACUAAUAAUCCACAAGCUUCUCAAGAACAAUUUCAAAUUCCUGCCAAUAAUUCUCAAAUGAAUUUCACAAUGAGUAAUAAUAGCAACAUGAUUCCAUUGGUGGUCAAGAAUAUGUCGUCUUCAUCAUUAUCACGUCCAUUGUCUACCUCAACUGCUGUUCCUGCAAUUAAUAUGAGCUCCAUGAUGCAACAACAGUCACUCACUAUUCAUCAACAGCAACAGUUUGCACAUCAUCGAUGGGUAGACACAGAACAGAAUUUCAACAUCAAUGGAAUGAAGCCAUUGAAAGGACAGUGA